GUCAGUCUGCACCGACCACUUUCUCAACACUUCCCGCGGUUCUCCCUCGUCCUGCCUGUCCUUGAGCUUCAACUUACCCUCCGCCCAAGCCGCCGUUGGGUCUGCAAUAACGUAAAGCGCAUGGAUCCUCCUGCGAAACGUCGUGCCGCCAUUGCCUGUAACUAUUGUCGCAAACGAAAACGGAAAUGUGAUGGGCGACAGCCUGUGUGUAGUCUCUGCGAGGAAUCUAAUGAUUCACGAUGCGUCUACCAAGAGCAGGCAUCCAAGCCAAGCAGCGGACACAACGAUGAGCAUACAUCUAUCAUCCUAGACAGGCUCGAGAACCUUGAGCGAAUCGUUGCAAACUUCGGUCCUAGCGAAACCGCAACAACUGCUGCUGAUCAACAUCAUGCCAGUCCCGGCUCUGGGUGGCUUCAAGCUUACUCGCCAGCUGCUAGCAACGUCGGGUUGAGUUUCGCUCAAGUAUCCCCAGAGUCUGGGAGAAUGAACGUCGCCGCCGCUGUCCCUUCCCCUUGCCCCCCGGCGGCAAUGCAUCCGCACGCGGCAGUCCAACCAGCGUCGCCGGACAGUACCAGUGCCGCCAUGACGAUCCCGAUCGCGCAUUCUACAACAACCGGAGAUCUGCUGCGUUCCGAGGCCAUCAAGUUACUUGUUGGAGACUAUCCUCCUUUUGCCCUCUCUCGUGUUGAAGCCAAGCGGAAUUUGCCUGAAAGGCUGUCCCUUAGCGAGGCAGGGAAACAUAGCAGGGCGGGUUUGCCGGAUGUCUCACAAUGGCAGUCUCGGCAGCUCAUCGAGGCCUAUUUCAGCAUCGUUGGAACACAGUAUCCAGUAUUAGAUCGCGGCGAGUUCAUGCUACUAUACGACAAAGUGGUCGCCGAGGGUACACUCGCUAUUACUCACUCUGUCUGCCUUGUGUUCGUGGUUCUAGCACUCGGUGCCAUAGCUGAGAUUUCAAGCUUUAGGGAUGUUUCCGAGGAUGCGCCACCUGGCAUCGAUUUCUUUGAGCCCGCUCUUAGACACCUCGUUCACGAGUGGCCUAUGUUUUCCGGUGCUGAUAUCGUUCUACCACAAGCCAUGUACCUUGCCUCGCUUUACUUUGGCUACCUGUCUCGACCCCUUCAAACAUGGCGAUUGGUGCACAUGGCAUCCACCAGCACCCAACAGAUACUCCUAUGGACAAGCCCAACGCCUGCACUUACUCGGCUCUGCUGGGCCGUGUUCAUCUUGGAAUGUGAUACGCUAGCUGAACACCAUCUACCAAGGAGCGGGGUGGAGCAACUUGUAGAAGACAUGCCUUUCCCAGAUUGUGGUACUCCCGCGGAUCCUCACAUGCUCUCUUGGCUAGCGAACAUCUCGUCUCGCAAACUGCUAAAUCGCAUUCAUAAUGCACUGUACGACCAAUCUCGGAAGCAGACCUUAUCGAGAGAGUCUCUCGGAUGCAGCGAUCCUUCCUUUCGGAUCUCCCAUGAGCUCGCACACCAGCUGCGUGAAUGGUUCACGCUUCUGCCAGAGUCUAUCAAACCGCCUGCUGUUCUCGAGAACUUGACGAUUGAGCAGGCUGUCCUAAAGAUGCGCUACCACGCUGCGGGAGACAUUAUCUUCCGACCCUUCUUACUGCGUGCGUUCCACUUGUCUUCUCUAGGGCACGCGAUCCCACAGCAGACACUCUCCAAUGCAAGCGAGUGCCUAACCCACUGUCAGCAGUAUAUCAAGACUGUUGUAGUGCGUUUAAGGCAGCCUUCUGCGUCCCUAGAAAUCUUCCUCCACUCUGCACUAGCAUGCAUUCUUCUUUUAACAAAGGCUUCGCUCUAUCCCGAGCUGGCUGGGUUGAUAGAUGGAAUAGCACAGCUACAGGACGAUACUAUCUUAAUCUUUGAGAAUUGGACAGCUCAUGGGUCUAGCAUUGAGGCGAUGCUCUGUAUUGUAUAUGCGGUCAAGGCAAAAUAUAGAAUGCUCAGA